UUUUUUUGUGAUAUAAAAUUAAUUAUAAACUACUAAUUGUAAUAAUAUAGUAUUAGGUUUUCUUUAUCUUGAAUAAAUAAACAAAACUGAAAUAUUAUAUUGAAUAUAAAAUAUUAGUUUAAUUUCAUCAUCAGACUCAUAAUAAUUAUUGUCGUUAUCUCCAUUUACAGGUUUUUAACUAUAUCUCAUUCCAACAACGGAUCGAAAUGCUGUCAUCAUGAGAAUUAUGAUGUUUAUAAGUUAUAGUAUGCACUUAAGUAUUACCAUUGUGUUAUACACUAUAGUAUUACUUAUUACUUAAUAAUUAGUUAAGUUAAAAACAAACAAUUAAUAUUAAAAUCGAGUAUAAAAUUUCAUUUAAAAAAUCAUCUAAAUUGUUAAGAUCACUUCAAAAAUAGUAAUUGUAAAUAAAAAACUUAUAAAACUCUGAAUUCAUUUAAAGAUUAAUAUCAAUACUAUUAAAAAGUAUGUUAAUUAAAAUUUUUGUAAAUAAACUGUUUAAUACCCAUUUAAUUAAACCCAUUGUUUAUUAUUGUGAUAUGAAACGGCGUGUCAGCUAUGCAAUUUAGCUACAUGAAUGUCUUAAUUUCAAUAAUUUGUGAAUUAUUUCUUGUAAGCUGAAAAAAUUUUUUAGACUCGAUGCAUAAAUACUAGAAGACUUUUAGAUAAAACUGGCACAAUGAUAUUUUACAUAUACUAGAUCAUAAUUAAUACUAAACCAUUUUAGUCAGAAUUAAUGGAAUUUUGUAAUCCUAAAAUAAUUUUAUCAAAUCUUGACAUUUUUCCUUCUUUGGGCAAGGAAGACUAUGAACCUAUUAUUAACAUUUCUACAAAUUCACUUCAGUACAAUAUUUUAAUGAAAAGUACAAUUUGUCUGUCACAGUAGGACAACAAAAACUAUUGUUCUUUUUAAACUUUGAUAUAAACUUGUAAAUAAUUUCAAUAUAGUUAAAAUGUUAGUAUAGUAUGAAAAAUUGAUUUUUUUCUAAUGGUAAAAUCAAAUGUAAUCAUUUUUCUUAAAAUACAAUAAAAUUUAUCAGUUCUAAUAUGACAAAAUUUCAUAAUUAAGUAGCAAAGUUAAAAAAUCGAAAUGCAGCUAAUGAUGGAAAUGAUUAAAUUUUAAUAAAAUUCAAAACUAAUACCCAACCAGAGUCUUUUUUUUGUAGGAAUUGUUUACUAUUCCUAAAUUUAUUAUGAGUUAAUUAAAAAAUUAAUAGUUUUAACUUCGAUGUGAAGUAUUAUAUAUACUAAAAUGUGUUUGAUUUAAUUUCUUUGUCUGUUACCAUUCAAUCUCAGCUCUCGCUGGCCCGAUUUUGAUGAACAAUAUGAAAUAUGAUUAACAAUUAUUUUUAAUUUUUAAAUAUUUAAGUGGCUUAUAAUAAAAGAAUUCAACGAAUUAACUCUCCAUGACAAUCAUGACUUUAUCAUAUAUAAACGUUGUCUAUGUUGACAUUGGGAUCACUUCGUGUUUGCUCGUCAAAAUAAGCUAUCAUCUCGUGUAAGUAUUUAGAGUUAUUUAACUAAUUAUUAAUAUGGCAAGCGAAAACAAUACGGAUAGUCAUAUUUAUGAAACAAAUAUGAAUGUUGUGAAACGCAGAAUUGAAGAAUUCUGGAAUCGUCGUUUCAUGAGUUCUAAUUUAGUCGUUGAUAGUCCAGAAGAUCCCCAAACAUCAAGACAGUCUAAAGCAAAUUCUAGUGGAAAUAUUAACACUGAAACAAAUACAGUUAAGCCAAAAAAACCAACCUAUCGUAAACAGCUUGAAAGCGAUGAAAUUAUUGCAGAAAAAAUGAAAUUGAUACAGCGAGGAGAUAUUGGAACACUUAUUAGGAAUCAAAAAUCUGGAAAAUAUGGAGAGAAACUAUCAGUUCCAGCCAAAAAAAGUUAUAUACCAAUUGUAAAUGACAAAGCACCAAAAAUACCAGCAUAUUUAUUAGGAAAAAGUUUUCAUAAGAAUCACUUGCAUCGCAACAAAUGCGAUGAAAAAAAGCAACCCAUAGAAGUAUCUUCCAAUGAUAAUGGUGGCCCUAAUAUAGAAAGUAACUUAUCCGAAGAACAUGAUGAAGUCAUUAAAAAAUUAGAAGCUAAUAAUGAACCUUCAAAUGACGUUACAAUACCUGAAGUGUCUACUGAUAAAGUAAAAGAAACACUAGAAGAAAAAAUAAUUCAUUUAGAACCCGCAAAAUAUGAAGUAAAAGAGCAACUCCUAGAGAUAUCCUCUUCUGAAAGUUCAAAUUUAAAAAGAAAGUCAUCCGAUAAAGAUGAGAAAAUCAUAAAAAAGGCAAAAAUUAGUUCUGAACUUUUACAUGCGACAACGUCAAAUGACGUUACAUUACCAAAAGUGUCUACUGAUAAAGUAAAAGAAACUCCAGAAGAAAAAAUAACUCAUUUAGAACCCACAAAAUGUGGAGCAAAAGAGCAACUACAAGAGUUAUCCUCUUCUGAAAGCCCAAAUUUAAAAAGAAAAUCAUCCGAAAAAGAUGAGAAAAUCAUAAAAAAGUCUAAAGUUAGUUCUGAAGUUUCGCCUUCAAAUAUGAAUGACGUGUUGCCUGUCGUGUCCGUUGUCAAAAUUGAUGAAAUACCAAAGAAAGAAAUAGAAGUGACGCAUGAUCCGAACACAAAUGAACUAGAUCAGUAUAACGCGCCUUCGUUUAAGUCCCCUAAAUCUUGGUACACUUCGGACACAAUUAAUGAUUAUCUCAAAUUGAUAGUGAAAAGGUCCAAUGGCGAAGUUCAUGCUGUCGUUACCGACUUCAUACCAGCAUAUCUUCGAGGAGGUUAUCCAGCUGUCAGAAGAUGGAUAAAAAAAGAUAUCCAUACAUUAAAGUUUCUUUUUGUGCCAAUGAAUGUACUUGGCGGACAUUGGAUAUUGACUGUGGUAAACGUACCCGAAAGAACUGUGACAUCAUAUGACAGUCUCAAGUGUUAUGAUGGUCCUUAUUCUAUGGUACUGAAGGAGUAUCUAACUGACUGGGAGAUGGAUAAAAAAGGAGCAGCUUCAUCGUGGACUUUAAAAAUCGGUGAGACGACUCGUCAAACUAAUGGGUAUGACUGUGGUCCAUUUACGGUCGAGCUAGCAGAAAAAAUGUCACGUGGAGACACAACUCCUAUUAAUGCGAGUCUUAUGUCUUCUGUAAGAUUAAGACACAGAGAAGAAAUUAUAGCCGGCCAACUAUUUCUAUAAUUUCUCAUGAAAGAUAUUGCUUAAAUGGCUUAUAUAAAGUUCCUAAUUUUUACAUUAAAUUGAUAAUUUUGUUAAUACGCUUUUAUACUUCCUAACAUUUUCUUACGUUUUAUAAGCUUAGUGUUAUUAUUAUUUUUUGUGAUUUUUCUUUGUUACAUUGCUUUA